UACAUAUACAUUGUGUAUUGGUGACUUCACAAGAAACGUUAAGGCAGCGACGAGGAGUUAUAAACCUGCAAACCACAAACAUGUCUGGCCACAGAAUUUCAUUAAUAUUGCAGUUGACGAUCAGCGCAGUUUUAUUACAAUCGUGUGAGGGGAUUUGGUACCAUUUUCUGACAGGACAACCUGAUUCUGAGGACAGGACGGUUUUUGUGAAUCUAAAACAGUACCCCAAUGGUACCAUCCAUAGCUACAAAACCAGAUAUAAUGGACAAAAUUGCUAUCAACUAGGGCCGAUUGAGCUGAAAAUGGGAACAAAAUCGAAACCAAUGAUCUUUAGCAAUUUUUACAAGACGUGCCAUCUCAACAAUUUAGCUUUGCUGCAUAUCCAAAGUCCAGAGGAACCCUAUCAGAUCGUUAAGGUGGAAACUAAAAAUAACUAUGACGUCACAACGGGAAAUUGCGUCAAUGGAACGGGAACCUACUACGUUGUCCUGACAAAAACCACCAAUCCGUCAAUAGAUAUGCUGUUAAAUAUACACAACGAUUUGCUGGGACUUGGAAUCGCUAUGCUUAAGAAACAGGACACAUCAGUUUGCUCCGUAAACAAGAAUGGAUAAAAAGUAGUCAAGUCUGAAUUUUCAAUAUAAACAGAGAUAAAUGAUACAAUACUUUAAAUAAAAAUUGAAAAUAAAACAAAAAUAAAAAAAAAACUAGUUUUUAAAAAAUUGA